CCGGCCGGCAGCCCGCCCCGGUGACGCCGCCGCCGCCGGGAGCUCCGCGCCGGCUGAUUCGCCGCGUGGCGAAUCGGCGGGGCCGAAGGGCCUGCUGGGCCGCGCGCUCCCUGCCGCCCUCCCUUUCUCCCUCCCUCGGUCGCUGCUUCUUCUCGGCGCGGGCGGCCCCGGCAGCGGCUGCGAAUAGGUGAGUGCAUCACAGGCAGUAGAAUAUGGCUGGACAAAUAUCAGAAUCUGAUCAGAUCAAGCAGUUCAAGGAAUUUCUUGGAACCUACAAUAAAAUUACAGAAAACUGCUUCCUGGAUUGCAUAAAGGAUUUCACUAGCAGAGAGGUUAAACCAGAAGAGAUGACUUGCUCAGAUCACUGCCUACAGAAGUAUCUAAAAAUGACACAAAGGAUCUCCAUGAGAUUUCAGGAGUACCACAUUCAGCAGAACGAAGCUCUGGCAGCUAAAGCAGGACUGCUUGGCCAACCUCGUUAGCCAAGAGCAAUCUCUUCAGACUUUACCAGCAAUGCCAGUGUUCACUGGGCAAGAACCUACUGUCAGGAAGGAUGCUCAGCAACUCAGAAGAGAGUUCUAGACAGUGGAAAGCAUGAAGGGUUAAACAAGAAGGUAGUCAUGGUGGACUGGCAGUGGAGUCUGUUCCUGAGGUCCUUUUCACUCUACAGUGGAGUAAUUUUGAAUAAAAACUUUUCCAGGGCCCAGAAACUGGUAUGUUUAAAUUUCAAGGGUGGUGGGAGGGUGACACUUCCUUUCUGCUAAGAUUGGAUCAGAUGAUGAAAAAAAAAAAAAGUGUAAAAUGGGAAAUACACUUUUUUAUUUAAUUCAAGUAAAAUAAAUGUGAACUGUA